AUGGACAAGCAGAAUGAUGACUGCAGUUACUGCUGCCUUACGAUCAUCGCACUUUCCAUAGCCUUUUGUUCGGCUGUGAUCACAUUUCUCGUCGCAAAUUAUAUGUACACUGGCCUACCGUGCCAUAGUGAACCGCAACCGUUUGCUUUGAAAAAUGAAGAGUUGACAUGGGAUGGAAGCGAUCGUCUAGUGGUGGCUAGCAAGAGGAUCAUCGUCGUAAGAUUAUAUGGCCUGAAGCGAUGCUACCUUCUACCAACAACUCUAGUUCAGAAUACGGAUCGACGACAAUACGCCAUAGUCCCUGAACCUCUCUCGCAAGCCAUUGGAACUCAUUUCGCAGGAACAGAAGGUUGGAAGUUCUGCGACGGAUUACCUGUCUACCUACUGGAAGAAACCAACCCGUAAAAACGCAUGUAUAGGACCAAACACUGGUGUACAUUCGUUGCUCACUAGUACAUAGUCAAUGUUGUUCAACAUCAUAGUUUCUGUGGAUCUCAUGACGGAUACUAGAAAUGAAGACCAUAUUGUGCCUCGCAUAGUUCCGCUCAAAUGUACAUUACCUCUGUUGAGGCUUGCUUACCUUCAUAAUCAGCCCUCAGUUCAUAUCUCACAGCUGUAAGUACUUCCCUGUCUUUCUUACUGUUUCGACUCGCUUUAAUAAACAUUUUAUGC